GGUUUAUCCAGACCAUAAAAGAACAAUAUAAUGGCUUUGCCACGUCACCUUCUUCUUCUUCUUCUCGGCGUCAUCAGCAGCUUCUGUAUUUUCACUACGGCGGAGGACCCUUCUGGUCUGUAUUGCAAUUCAGACAGUCAAAAGCCUGACGACCAAACACUUGCUAACAUAAAAAAUUUGAUAUCUAGUAGGUCGAAGCUGGUGGCGGGGGCAUCUCGAGAUGGCUACGCCGCCGCCUCGUCCGGCGAGUCCAACCGCACAGUGUACGGGCUGGCUCAGUGCAGAUCAGACGUCAGCCAGAAAGACUGCUCCUCUUGUCUCCAAGAAGCCUCAAAGAAGAUCCUUGAAAAUUGUACGGACCGGGUCGACGCCCGGAUUUGGUACGACUACUGCUUCAUGAGGUACAACACGGAGAAAUUCUACGGCGAUGUGGACACGGGUUUCACGGUUAUAUACGCGAACGUGGAAAAUGUGACGGACCCGUUGAGCUUCAACAAAACAUUGGGAAAACUAGAGGCCGACAUUAGCAAACAGGCGACGGCGCCGAAAAACAAAGGGCUGGGGAAGGGGAAGGUGAAGCUUUCGGAUUUUACGACGUUGUACGCGUUGGGGCAGUGCACGAGGGACUUGUCGCCGGCGAACUGCGCUCAGUGUCUGGCCAUCGGCGUCGGCAAUAACUUCCCCGGUUUCUGUAGCAAUAAGAAGGGGUGCCGGGUUUUAUACAGCAGUUGCUACCUCCGAUAUGAGCUCUAUCCCUUUUACUUCCCCCUCGACAAGUCGGAAAACAAUAAUACCACACAAUCUCGGAAAUACUAUUCGUCUGUGAUUCAUUAACCUUGAGAAUGUUUAUAGAUUGGUUAGUUUUGGUCGAUAAUGGGAACAAAUUAAUUAAAAUGGAUUCAUUUCCAUGGGAACGAAUAAGGCAAGAACGAUCACUAUAUAUAUGUUGUCCGGUUUGAUAUUUCGUAGCUAUACCAUUAAUGACAUGCAAUAAUCUUCAAUGCAAUCACGUACUCUGAUCUAUCUAUACAUACAUCAUUUGUUCAAUAAUACUUCCUCA